AGUGAUGUGUGUCAAGGGAGGUGUGCACAGUGGCCUGGUCAUUGAAGUUGAACUGGUCACUGGAGGAAAGACAGGUAGGCUCUACAGCUUUAUCACUGCUAGACUGUCUAUAAAAAGGCUGUGUGCAUCCUUAUUGCUGCCAUAUAAGCUCCAUUCUCUUUAUAUAGGUUGCCCACACACAUAUAGGAAACAGUGUGAAUUCCUGUAUGUGCAUUUAAUUCUUUGCUUCUUUUUCCUUUAGCAGCAGCAGCACUUUUUGAUAACAACUGCCUGUGUCUGGGUGUAGAGACAACAUAAAGCUUGAAAUUUUUGAUCUGCAAUGCCCUGUGCACAAUAAAUUCCACCAGAGUAUACUGCUGACUGCAAAAGUGAAGGUAGAGACAUAUCUUUUUUACCUGGCAUAAUCUUCGACUUCUAAAAAGAGUCCCAGAAAAGCAAAGAUUUUACCAGCAGUGUCUUAAAGUGAAGAAAUUUUAUUAUUUCACAUCAUUGAAUCAAAUCUAAAUCAAUGAGAGGUCUCUACCACCAGCUGGGUAAGCAACAGGUCAGGAGAUGAACUAUCUUUCAUCAUGAUAUGCCACACACUUACUCGUUCGCUUACACACACAUUCAAACAACCAGGUGCUCUAAUGUAUCUAGAUGAAGGCACAUAAACCCAUUGAAGGUCACAGUAAGGCAGAUUCACAGCACUAAGGAGAAACCGUAGACCGUAAGAAUUAGCAAAGAAACAGUUUGACCAGUCUGCAGUUCGUUCAUUUGUUUGUUUUUUUUCCAGAAUCUUGGUUUGUCCUGUCCUCCUCUGUCUGGGAGGAAGAGAGCAGGUCAGGAAGAGUGAGGAUGGCUGAGAGAAGGAGGAAAAAGAUGUCCAUGUGAAGUGCUGACAGACAUCCCACCCCUGUUUUCCAUGUGACCUUUUCCUCUGCAGACAGGUAGUGAGAGUUUAUCCUUGUCAUUAGAAAAACUAGCAGCGCUGAGAGAGAGUGUCCUUCCUAGUUUUUGAAUCAUUGUUUCCUUCAAAGUUCUUUGGCUCGAUCACAAAAGCCAACCUCCGGACAGAGCACUUCACAGACAGUCCACAAAUCGAUUAUUAGCGUGUAUCUCUACAGACAUACUGUCAGAAGUAAACAGUCGUGUUUUUUCUUUAGCUCAGACAUAUAAUCGUGGCAACAAACAGAACACCAUCAGUAGCAAUACAAACUCUGAGAGAUGUUUUUGCAUCAUUAGAAACAGUAACAUCAUAAUGUAAAUCACAGUUUGCCCAGUUGCCUUCCCAUGCACGGAGAGGACUAGUCUGUACACAAACACAGCAGCGGCAGCAGCAGCAGCAGCAGCAUCCUUUGGACCAUCAACAGACUGGAUUUGAUAAGUCCACAAAUGCACUAGUUUGACAUAAUACCCUGUAUCCAACCACGUACAUUCUUGUGCAGAACAGCUGGGCUUUGCAGAGGUGCAACUGCUCCGUUUCCCACUCACAGAAGGAAUCUUGUCCCUGAGUCUUCAAACUACAUCUGAAUGAUUUCCUAACAUGUCCGACCAACAUCCUCCUUUAACGGCCUCUACAGACAUUCAACUUGAAGGUUUGGGUUAAAGGGAGCUUCAGCUAAAUUGCACACUCCCUGGCAGAUUAAGAGAGAAAAAAAUAUGACACAGCAUCUGCUGCACACUCGCUCGGACACACAACGACAGACAUGUACGCGCACAGUAGAGAGGCUCUGAUCUAACAGCACACACACAUUUAACAACAUACACAGCUUUUGUCUCGUGGGUUAGAAAGUCACAGAGAUGUCUAAAUGGCGUGUCAAUGGCAGGUGCAAGGCUGUGGAUCAUGUGUGUCGGUGUUUUCGUGUCCAUGUAUAUCUAGGCAUUGCUGUUUUAUAGGACAUCUAUAGAUGUGUUGUCCCUGUGUUAAGUCAGGGCGUACUCAAACGUCCCUUUCUCCAGCCCCUCGAUGCCGUCGGCCCAGUUGGAGGAGGGCAUACUGCUGUAGGGGUCUAGCAAGAUCCUGAAACACCUCACUAUCAGCAGCCCCAGGAACACCAGCAGCAUCCCCACAAAGGCGAAUGCCGUCUUCUGCUCCAGAGUCAGAGAGUGCGCCAUCAUGUCGUUCCCGCUCAUGGCAGCAAGGGAGUGGUUGUAGUGGACGCUACACAUGGUAAACCAACGUCUGGGUGCCUCAUCUCUCCUCUGAUAGGGUCAGGCGUUUGGAAGCCCGCAUGUUACCUGCACAGAGAUAGCAUGAGGGCUUCCUAUUAGUGCUGCCUUGUGCAUAAAAGAUCCGCUUUGUAAACCUAUUAAAAUAUCAUCACAGACAAUGCAUACACUGCGUCGGAUUUAAGAAACAAGAAUGCAUCAACAAGAAUGAGAGUUUAGUGUUUUAAAGAUGAGCUGACCAUGAAACAUAAAGGGGUUACAGGUUUCUAAAAAUAGCAUCUUUUGAAUGUGCCAUCCAACAGAUGUCUGAAGACUUCCUUCGAUCCCUCUCUCACUUUGCCCCUCUGGGAGUUUUGGGGGGAAAAAAAACGACAAACGGCAAACAUGAGCAGAAAAGUGGGGGGACACUGCAGGGAAAGGAGGAAGGAACAGGCUCGGGAAUACAAGCCGAUGCCACGGCUUUAUUCCUUUUAGUCCGGUUACGAUAACAGUGUGUCGCAGUGCAUAGCCAGCAGUUACACACAGGCAAAGCGGUGAGAUAUCAGUGAUGGAGAUCUGACAUUACAUAUGUUCAGUUAAUAGGAAAGGGUUCUCUCUAACCUGUUGCGUGCAAGCAGAUGCCUGCUAGACAGUGUAAUUCAAUUAAACAAGACAGCGACGGUGCUGGACCAAACACCAUCACAAAAACCGGUGUGAACACACAAGUGGGAGUCUUGCCUCUUUUUUCUACAAAAUCUUUAUAUGAACACAAGCAGCAGGUGGCUUGUCUGAGAGAAUAGGAGGUAGCGAAGGAGAUUAGACCGGAGAAGAGGUUACAUGCAGACAGGGAUACAAGAAUGAAAAGAGAAGACAUACGAAGGAGAUAGAAGUAGAAUGAUGAGACUGCACAAGUAUGCCCGGUGUGAGGGACAGAGAGGGAGAGAGAGGGGUAGGUAGGGUGAAGGAGGGAGAGACUGCAUUGACAGAUUUUUUUUUUUUGUGAGAAUGUCUAGAGGAAGAAAAAGCAGGUAUCUCACCGUCAUUACCGUUCCAUCCUUACAGACCUGUUGCUGCCGUUUCCUCCGAGCAACUCCUCUUCCUCGGAGCUGUCAGACACGUACCCAUUAAUCCAUCCAUUGCUGACAUACUGGAUGCGCUAGGCUAGCCUCUGAUCUAAACAAAAAGCAAGACAUAUACGCAGACAUAAGGCUGGAUCAAGCUGUGAUAUGUGUCCUCCUCCCAAAGAAACAGCUCCUCUCCUCAUGCUCCCUUACUUGCUGCCUCCUACUCAUUAUCAUUCUGUUUCUCUAUCUCUCCCUCCAGAAGCACGCACGCUUGCCCCUGCUGCAUGGCAACCACUUGUUAGUCUCACUCAGCUGCUCUGCUGCCUCACUCAUUCACAACAUUCCCUCCCUCUCAGCAACACCAGUAAAGGAUGCAGCAGCAAAAAACAAGCAAUCUGCCUCUUCUUCCUUUUUCUUCCUCUCUCUUCACUCUCCCCUCCCCGGCUUAUUUGGCUUUUCUAAAAAUGACUCCACCAAAAUGUGACAGGAAUACCAUGGCUUAGCCAGGGGGAGAAAUGCUGCCUCUCACUGCUCCUGGCCAGUAAAUGCUGCUGCAAAGGUAUUUUUGGUACAGCACAGCAUUAUCCUGCAAGCCUGGUUUGAUGAUGUGUUUUUAAUUGGUGCAGUUUGCUGUGGUCAAAUCAAAUUAGACCCUCUGCUUAAAGGCUUACAAAAGCAAGCUCCCUAGGCAAGCAGCAGGGACUUGUAGUGAAUUAAAAGAAGUACUGUAUAGGUCAUCUGAUUGCCCUGGUGUAACAGAAUGCAGCAGUGAAGCGUCCAGCCAUCUGUUUUGUUGGUAUGCAGUGCAAAUUCAUAUCAGCAUUGUGGAGUAUCUGUCAUAGUGGUGCAGUGACUCGGAUCUAAGGAUAACCCGAGCCACGAGGGAGAUGGUCAUCACUCAUUUGAUGUACAAUAAUUUAUGGCUUAGUGGAAUGAGCUCAAUUUUUCUCUUUCAGUCAGAGGAAUUCCCCAAGAGAGAUCUAACACAAAGGUGAACUUCCUCCCUCACAUUUACUUUAACUUCAGAGCUCUUGAGUUUUUUAUGCCACUGCAGUGUCUUUGGAUUUCUCCCUUUUUCUUGGGUCAGUGGCAGCUUCUGCUCCUGCUGUGCCAUUAAUACUUGGACAUAUAUGGGCAGAAAAGGAUACUAAGGCACCCCAGUGAUUUAUCGACUGACUCAGCUUCUCACAGCACAUUUUUAUUUCACAUUUAUUUCAAGGACGGUUCUUGCAAAUUGGAUGAGGGGAUGUAACAGUGUACAGCCAAUAAAAUUAUUAGACAUUACCUCACUGGCCUUGUGUCAAUUUAGAAGACAAGGUCAGAACAUAAAACUAUUAAGUCUGAAUACAAUAGUGUGACAAUCCAAAUAAAUUUUCCUGAAAAGAAGGAUGUCUUUAAACCAUUUUAUUGAAAAACUCAACACGAGUCUAAUCAAUCACAUUGUUCUAUAUCAAAUCAGUCUACAGCCAGGAAAAAAACAAGUGUACGUCUACUUCUUAGUCAAGAUGUCCUAAUGUGCUUUGGACUGGUAACUGCUGGCACAACUUUAACCUGUUGCAUAAAGUACAUCAGGAGACUCCAGAGACACAGGACAAAAGGUUUAAGAUUGCUUGACCUUUAUCUCCUCCAAACAACAGGAGCAAAGCUGAUAUAGACAAUUAUAAAGCCGUGAUCCUAUGGCCUAUGAUAAUGGUACACCUUUUAAAGUUAACAAACUUCACACAAAGCCUCCCAGUGAUAAUGAAGACAGCACAAGGACAAAUGCAAUCAAAUUAUGAAGAUCUGAAAUAGCUCAUUACCAACCCAAUGCCCUGUUAACAGCAAUUACUAAAUCUUCUGAGGCCAAAACUGAAUUAAAUUUACCAUGUCCAGUGAACAAUUGUUAUGUUGAAAUGACAGUGUAACUUAAAAGAAUAUCUUCAGAGUAAUCUUAUACUGCUAUUAAAGACAUUUAGCAUGGGGGACUGUGCACAUCACAGUAUAUAAGAUGAGACAAAUAUGGCUGUUGUUAGAAAUGGAGCUAUUAAAUCACAGCCACAAAUGAUUUUGCACCUCCAUUUGAGAUCAGAAAUGGGCUUGAUGUUGUCGAUAAAACUAGCAUUAACAUGGGAAUGUACUUUGGGUUGGGAUUAUGAUAGGCUAAUUUUAGGUAAUCAGGUUAUAAAUAAAUAAUCUAACAUAAAAUUAGAUAUGAGUGUCCAUUCUGACUGUACUGUGACAUAUAAGGAAUGCAGAAGUUUUCAUAAUGUUUCUUUGCUGGAUUUACUGCAAGGACAACCUGAUGUUGCUCAAGUGGUUGAACUGUACCCACAAAAUAUCACCUAAAUGAUGAUAUCAACUCCAAGAUUUUCUUUGUCUUAGUACGACUCAUAUCAAACCUCGUACUCUAAAUUUAGUGACUCUUACCCAAGUGGUAUAAAAUGUGUUGUAUUCAUCUGUGCAGCAAUCAAGGAAAUGCAUUUUCAUCUUUAUUGACCUGAUUUUUAUCUACAGAUUAACACAUGUUCUGUACCGUUCGUUAAAGGUUAACUUUUGCUGCUUUGUCACAGGUCAACCAGAUUUACAGCCGUUACUGGAAACAACUGCAAAUGUUUGUUCUUUUCUUUUUUUUUAACCAUACUUUUACCUUUUGAUGGUACACAUUACUAAAAAGGGUGAAACUUUUAUUUACACUACUUUCAUUUUUAGUUUAGUUUGCCACCACUGUUUGCACAAGUCAAUCCCAUUAAAUUUUAAAUGGGAGAAUCAGUAGGAGCAAGAAAAUAUCUCAAAUGUAGGUCAUAAACAGGUUAGGGUAAGGAUUCUGUGGAACAGUUUAUAUCACGAGUAUGUCAUAAAAAUUUUAAGAGUUUUGAUUGAUUCAUUUGAUUUUAUAGCUCAAGUAAAAUAAGCUCAACCCCUCAAAUUCUUUUACAAUGUAUGUUUUAGCAACUGUACAAGGCUUAUUCAAGUGUUGGCCCAAAUGUAAGCAUACAGAUGACAAAUCAAUACAAGUUAGUGUUCAAUCGAUAUUGCUUUUUCAACAGCAGAUGCCAGUGGCUGAUAUAUCAUGCUGAUAUCAUGUUGUUUCUUUUGGGGGGCAUUUUAUAAGUACAACCUUCUGACUGUGCUGAAGAUUAAUUUGGAAUUAAUUUAUGAACUUAAAACUCUAUUGGAUUAUGCUAAUAUUGGUUAAAUUUAUGUCAGAAGCAAUAUUUAUCUGCACUACAUGACCAGCAAAAUAACACUUGAGUAUCCGGGACUUUGGUAGAGUAUCCAGCAAAGGCCAGACUGGGUUACGCACGCCUUGAUAGGGGUCCUGUGUCAUAUUUUUCAAUCUCUUUCUACUUACUAAUUAUUUACUUACUUAUUGUCAUUACUUCUUACUUAGAGGCUCCUUCAAGUUCUUCCCGAAGAAAUCUUGCACAACUUGUCCAUACCUGUUCAGUUUUAUCCCCCAUCCUUCUCACCCGGCUGCCUAGCAACUCCCAAAUCUCGCGUUGAAGGCGCAAAUCUCACUUCACAUUUUGAACUGCGUAGCGACACAGGCAUCGUGAGCAGUGUGGGGCAAGAUAAACCUCAUCAUGGCAGAUGUCGAAAUUCUUGAAGAUGAGCCAAAGCAGGAGGAAUCUGCCGUCACUGAACCCGAGAAGUCCGAUACCGAGGAGACACCUGAAGAAACACCAAAUGGCGUGAAACCGUGAGUUUAACAUCGCUGCAAAUGUUACCAAGCUUAGCUAAAAUGGAGUCCUGUGACACUAGCCAUUGUUAGCCAAGGCGCCUGUAACGUCUGUCGUUAAACAGUCAAAUCGUGAUUUACUGGUGGAAAGAAAUGACAAGUCCAGAGCCACCAAAUUAGAAAACAUGCAACGAUAUAAAGUGAGCUCUCACAGUGUGCAUUUUUACCACAAACGUGCUACUCUCAGGCAGCCUCAACGCUAGGCUCCGUGCUAGCUAAUGCUAGCUAACGCUCUCGGUAUACUGAGUUUUUCUCUUUUGUUUAAAUCAGGAUUAAACAUUUGGUGCGGGUUUAAAACAAUUUCAUAAACACGCUUUGUUUGCAAACAUUUGCAAGGUGAACGAUAAACUAUUUUAUAGCCCAAGAGGGUUUCUUAUGAGGCAAUAUGUAAUCGAUAAACAUGAAAUUGCAUUGAAUGAUUUCUGAUCAAUCCUGGGUAAUAAUGCAAAUAAUGUUUGAUUUUGUUUCGCCAAUUUUGUAUAUUGUAAUCUACACCAACAACAGCCUCAAACACCCAGUAUUUUUAUACAUGCAGGAUAUUGCACUUUGGAAAACUUGGCUGUCUCUGCUCAACCUCAAACAGUAAUAUUACAAUCAUGUGCAAAAUUACUUUAAAUAUUUUAACAUAGAUAAACAAGACUGAAAAAACAAUUGUACAAUGAAGAAACGUUAGAAAAGAAUUGUGUGUCAAUCAGUCAUUCUAGCUUAUUUAUACGGCACUUAUCAAGUAAGUUACACUUGCUUUUAAAUACAAAUGUUGAUAGAAGGAAAAUAGGAGUAUGAAUAAAAUAAGGAUGAAUAAAAAUACAAGUUCGUACUUAAUGCAGAAUAUUUAAAAGAAGGCUAUUUUUAAGGCACAUAUUUUUUUAACUAUUCAGCUGUAUGCAAGCACAGAGAGUAAGACGUCAUGUAUACAAAACCUGUCAAUGGCAUUAAACUGUUAGCCUGGCUGGGCCAUCCUGUUGCGUGAAUCACUUGCCGUUCCUUCCCACGGCAAGUGAUUCACGCAACAGGAUGGCCCAGCCAGGCUAUUAAACUGUUGGAUAUUGUACAGCAUAAUAGACAGUAUAAUAAAGCAAUACUUGUACAGUAUAAUAGAGUAUUGCACAGUAUAACAGGGUAAGAUUGAAGACACAUUGCAGGAUUUUGCUAUGAUUUACUCAUAUGUGGAAAGCCUUUUGAUAUGUCACAGGACUAUCCGGUUUCUGAGUGUCGUUUUGGGAAGGCUUCUUUUUGACUGCAACUUUGUGCAUUUUUCAGGGAUACUGAUGAAACUAAGCCCUCCAAAGAAAAACAUGACGGUAAAGAGAAGUCCUCAGGGAGCAGAAGAGGAAGUCGCUAUCAUCCCUACAAAGACAAACAUGGUGGAGAAAAGAAGGGUUCUCAUAGGAACCGGGUGUUCAUCAGCAAUAUCCCAUAUGAUAUGAAGUGGCAGGCAAUUAAAGAUCUAAUGCGUGAGAAAGGUAAUGUCCCCAGUAACGGGGAUGAUGUUUUCCCUUCUCCUGUUCUCUACAGCUGAUUAGAAGUCAUUGGCCCUUUUUUUCACUUUGAUGGAGCAUCUUGCUUCUAGCAGUAGUAAAUUAGUUUGUAGCUUCCUGCGCAGAUCGUAGGGAAUCAACCUAGAGUGAUAUUAGGUCAUUGGAGUUUUUAAUAAAUUUUUGGAUGGGCACCAAUUUAGAUUGGGCUGAUAUGUCUGUGAGAAAAGGAAGAUCAACUUAGUUACUUUGUCACUUGUUUUAAGGUAUUGUCAGCUCCAAAAUGUAACCUCAAACGUGUUGUAGAAUUGAUUGUUGAAUGAUUUUGUUGAUCUGUUGCUAGGUGAAUUUUGAUGAUAUGAAUGAAAAUGUUGUAAUGUUUUACUUACUGAAUUAAGGGGGUGUAAAGAGGCCUUUUGAAAGGUCAGGGGGCAGUUUACAAUUCUCAACUGCUAUGAAUGGAAUCUGUUGACAAACUGAUCAUGUUGAAGUCUUUUGAAUUUCCCAGGUUUAAUGUAGCUGUGUUUCUCUCUGGCCUUGGCCUUUUGGUGUCUCAGUCACUGCCCAGAAAGGCAUGGUGUUGUCUGGUGGGAUGUUGGUCUGGGCUGACUGUUGAUCAUUAAUGGGACAUUUCCACCUGUAGCGGCAUUGCCAAGGCCUACGGCGACUUGAAGACUUGGUGACUUAAAUUCCUUUGUUCUUUUGGUAUUUUUCCUUUUGUAUGUCUCAUGUAGUUGGUGAGGUUACAUACGUGGAGCUCUUUAAGGAUGCAGAAGGAAAGUCAAGGGUAAGUGAUGUGGUCGAUUUGCUGCACGAGGUUUUAAAUGCCCUCAGCAGGCUCUCAUUAAUUAAGUGCUCAUUUAGGUUCUGAUCCUUUGGGUCUUACCAAGUUACUGAACUGUAGAUACUGAAGGUUGUGUUUAGAGCCUGAUAGAUGGCUAAUGAUUGAUACUCAUUUGAAAGGGAGAUGUCCUGUUGAUUUUGGAAAACCAGCCUAACGAACUCAUCUAAGUGUACAUUUUUGCUUUUGUUGUUGAUAUUUCAAUUGGUGUAAAAGUCCGUUUGUUUGGCCAUUUUCCAAAGGGAAAUGUGGGUUGUGUGAUUUGUUUAUGGAUUGACCCCCAUGUCUCAAAAUCUUACUUUACAAUUCUGUUAUAUGGCACAGCUCUCUCUUCAAAGGAACAAACAGUCUUGAAAGAUCCUGUAAUGAUUUUAUUGUUAUGUCGUAAAUAUUACAGCUAAAAAUGUCAACCACUCUAUUUUUUUUCCUAGGUGAAUUGGUAAAGCAUAAUCGUAAACAUUGUGCGAAAAUGUAUGUUGUUUUUCUCAAUUUUCUACCCUGGACUUUAUACCCAGUUCAAAUGUUUACUGUAGAUGGACAUGCACUUUUUAUUACAUGCAAAAUGUUUUAAGAGAAUUCUUCUAAAGUGUAAUUUUGAUGACUUAUUUUUUAACUAUUGGAUGAAAAAUAAUGAACUGUAAGUUAAAUGUGAACUAUGUCUUUAAGUUAUUGUAAGUUUAACUUAAACACAACCAAAAAAUUUGCUGGCACAUGCCAGAAAGCAAAAAUGUCUCUUAACUAAGACAGUAUGAGAAUUUCUAGUAGCACGAUGAUGAAUAAGAUUAUCAUGUUCUUUUGCUUUCUCCAAAAAAUAACUGUAUUUUGUUUACUUCCUUGGCUAUGGACAUGUGCUGCCUGGAUUCAUAUGUUGCCUCCUUGCGCAGGGUUGUGGGUAAGAAACUACUGAAAUAGAUCAAAUAUUGACCUUUUUCUUUUUUUGCUUAUUUGUCAGGUUUUUAAUUCUGCAGUCUCACAUGCUCCUCUGAUGCCUCUGUUUUCCUGAUUUAACAGUGUGGUUGAGUUCAGAGAUGAGGAGUUUGUGAAGAAGGCGAUAGAAACUAUGAAUAAGCAUGACCUGAGUGGACGGCCACUCAACAUCAAGGAGGUAAGAACAAAACACGAGUGCACCAUUUGUUAAGCUGACCUCUUGUUGUGUUUAAGAGAGUGAUGGUAGUGGUGAAUGGAAAAUGUGUAACGGCUACUAUAAACCUGAUCAUGUCCCCAUACGUAAUGCUUUUACAUUUCGGUCUUAUCUUUCAAGAUCAUAGUGUGUGUUUUUGGAGCAGUGUAAGUUGUCAUAAAUAAUCACAGAAGUUUUGGAAUUAAUUUUGUAAGUGGAAAACAAACACUAAAAGACGCCAAAGUGAUCUCAGGGGAACACGUGCAAGUGUUGAGUGUAUUUUUAAAGUGCUAACUUGAGUUUUUCCUCAUGACAGUAUUCAAUGGUGAUGCAUUUCACUUCUCAUUAAAGGACCCUGAUGGAGAACAUGCUCGGCGUGUGCUGCAGCGCAUGGGGGGAGGUCAACAGGGAGGCCGUGGGCAGGACAUGGGACCUGGCGGGAUGAACAUCCCAAACUUCAUUGCCAACAACCCUAACAUCCCACAUGAUAUAAUCCAUGCACUACAAGCUGGACGACUGGGCAGCACAGUGUUCGUGGCCAACGUGAGGGCAUAGUAAUACGUGUUAUUCAAAUGUAGCUGGUAAUAGUAACUUCUGGUGAUUAAUAAAGUUGAUGUUUUACAGCUGGAUUUCAAAGUGGGCUGGAAGAAGUUAAAGGAGGUGUUUGGAAUGGCAGGCGUGGUGAAACGAGCCGACGUAAAGGAAGAUAAAGACGGCAAGAGCCGCGGAAUGGGAACUGUGACUUUUGAGCAGCCGCUGGAGGCCGUGCAGGCGAUCUGUAUCCUUCACAAGUGAACAGUAAUGUUGGAAAGCAUAUGAAACAAUACUUGAUGUUCUAUCGUGAACUUCUCCUUAACUUAGGACUCAGCCAUGUUUAAUGGACAGAUGCUCUUUGACAGACAGAUGCAUGUCAAAAUGGUAUGUUGCUUUUAAUGGGUUACAUCAUUAGUAAGCUCAUAGAACUUGAAAUUGGAACUUGAAGGUUGUGUUUGGCUUUUAUAGGAUGAGAAAUCUCUCCCCCCUGAUGAUUUCCGUCAAGCAGAGAAAUCUUCUCAGUUACCACGUAAGUACACUAAUCCUCUUGUCAGCAGUUGAUGCCAAGCUCAUAUCCUUAGUAAUAAGCUCAGUGAAUUGGGUAUUGCAUUAAUAUUGUCUGUAGAAAGAGGUAUGAUAGCCUCUGGGAAGAAACCUCCCAUUAUAAGAAAGGCAUAUAUGUAUUUAACAGAGACGCUGUAAGGCUAGAUACAGUGUGAUGCUGAAGCAGUAUCCCGCUGAGAGCAAAUACUAAGUGGCAUGUUCUUUUUUUCACUCCUGAAUGUUGAGGCAUGAUCAAGUAAGACAAAAAAUCUGUUGGCAGUAAUUUCCAAACUUGAAAUAGUUCUUCAGCUUUUAUCUUAAGUUCCAGUUACCAUUAGAUGUGUAAGAAUCAGACAGCUUUGGGGUGAAAAAUUAGCAUUUUAAUGUCUGUUGUCUAGAGCAUGUGUUUGUUUCACUCUGGGAGACUUGUAGCAAAAUAAAAAGUCUUCCUUAUGAAAGACUUUUUUGAUAGUCGAUUAUUCAUCUGUUAUCAAAAUGAUUAUUUCACUCAUCAGAUAUUGAACUGCACAAUGUCUUUAUAUUUCUUAUUCUUUGAUUUUUUUAUUACUCUUGACCUCUCAACACCUCAUUAAAAGUCAUAAUUCAUGCAAGAAAAGUGAUUAAGUUUGAACAUACAGCAAAGGAGUCAAACCUGGUUACAUAACCUCUGCGUGUGGGGCUCACAUAGACGGCUAAGUGAACCAGUAAAUGAAAAGUUCAGUGUUCUUAUGCCUUUUUUGUUUAUCUUUGUGCAGGGGGUCUUGGUGGCAUUGGCAUGGGACUGGGACCGGGAGGACAGCCGAUAAAUGCCAACCGUCUGAGUGGCGGAGGAGGAGGUGGAGGUGGAGGAGGAGGAGGAGGAAUGAGCUCCAUGGGGCCAGGAGGUCAGUCACCUCUCAAACACUUUUCAGUAAUGUCUGACUAGAAGAUACCUACAUGUGCUACUACUGAUAUAGAACAUUAUGUGUCAGAAUCCAGUCCAUCUCUUUGGGCAGAUGCUCAUAAAAGAGAACCAGGUUAACCUUCACUCACCGGUCAACACCUUGUGGAAAUCAAUAGACAAAUAAACAUCAUUCUGUUAUAUAAAACAUACCCACAAACCAACAUACACAGUUAAUAUGUAAACCAUUCUGUCAUUUAGACUUGGCUGACACUUGAUGGCUCAUCUUUUGACCCUGUUGUCGUCUCAAUGUGGGUUAACGAGAUAAGAGGUAGAGCUCUUACAGGCCGAAAACAAUGAGAACUUUUAAACUCCCUCGUUGUGACGCUCUCAUUUGACCUUGUUCCUCUCAGCACCUUUGUACAGAGUUAAAAAGUCAGCUUGUUCAGUUUCUUUCAUAAUAUAUAUGUGAAAGAAGAAAUUGCCUAAGUGACUUGAUCUGCCGUAGGUAUGGAUGUUCAAGCUUGUGGUGGAAUGAACCGACUUGGAGGAGGUAAUGCGUUUUUGCUGCUUUUGAAUUUUAACUUCUGAAAGAUUGUUGUUGAGCACUUGUGAAAUUUGUGCCUCUGAUUUCAGGCAUGAGUGGUGGCGGGGGCUACGGGGGUAUGGAUAACAUGGGCGGCAUGGGCAGUUAUGGAGGGAGAGACAUGGCGCCCGUAGGAAGGAUGGGAGGUAAGAUGAGCGUAUUCAUCGUCACUGACUAGAGGUGAAGUUUUUCAGUUCAUACUGAAAGGUGUUAUUGGCAGCUUCUAAAUGAGGUAAGUUUCUUUCCUGUAUUUAGAUAUGUACCGGUCAGGAAUGGGUGGAAUGGAUCGGGACUUUGGCCACAGUGACAUGCCAAUGAACCGAGGAUUUGGGGAUUCUUUUGGAGGAAUGGGUAAGAGACGUCACCUCAGACAACACUGAAUUCUUCUAUACCAAACACCAGACACAGUGAAUUGGGAAGGAGUCACUCUGUGUUGUUUGGUUUUGUCACGAUUGAUUUUGGAGAAGGAUUUUAUCACGUGACCAGCUGUUUGCUUCUUUGUUUACUGCAUGUUCGCUGUGUUACGCUCCACGCUAAUCUGCAUUAACUUCCAAUCUCUCCUAUAGGUGGAGGUUUUGGCGGAGGCAUGGGCAGUGGUGGCAUGGGGCACAUGGGGACUGGAUUAGGUACAUGAAUUAUUCCAUUCACACCUUUUCUAAAUCCAUUUUAAAACAUUUCUUCCCUUAUGGAUACACACAAGCUUGGGGAGUAUUUGUAAGCAGCACUUGGAUCUUCAGAAGAGCCACUGGCUUCUUUAUUGUUGUUGACAUUUAAAGUUAAUCGUCCUCACAAUUUAAUAGUCUUUUGAUGGUUUAAACUGCCCAUAACCUAGACAGAGCUCUUAGUGGUAGCAUACCAUGAUGUGAGAAGUCAUUUGUAGUCAUGAUUUAAUGAGUAAGUGAUGGGUAAUUAGGGAAGCAAGUAGUCAAAGAGGAUGUCUUUCUAUCAGAUGGAGAAGUGUUGCCCCUUAAUUGGAUUUACGUCCUUCAGCACUGGUUUAUAAUACACGCUGAAGGAGGAUCGAUAGUGAUAUACAUAUAUUAAUGAUAUAAGGGAUGAUUUAGUGGUCAGAGCUGCAGCUGAGAGACUGCGCUUCACUGACUUCUUGUUUAUGAAUAAACUUCAGGAGAACCACAAAGAAUUUAUCAUCUUGAUUUAAAUGCCAGAAAUUGAUCAUUGUGGAUAAUCACAUCUGGUGGGAUGGUUUUAACGGUUUUCCAGAUAAUAGCAGACCAUCAGUCAUAAGUCCCUACAUGUUACAGUUAAUAUGCAUAAAUAAGAAAAUCUGUUUCCUGUUUUAUGACUCAACGUGAGCGUUCCUUCCUUGAGACAUAAAUCUGAAAUAGAGUGUGAUUAUAACAGGGAUAUAAAUGACUUCAUUAAUUGAUUUACUUCUGUCAUACAAAUUCAAAGAUAUAAAAAGUGAUAUCAGCUGCCUUUGGCUGCACUCUUGUCAUAAUUUGUGUUCACAUCAUACCGCCCUGCUUUAAAACGAUAACAGCAUGAUAUCAUGAAGCUGAUUUCAGCCACGUGAGAAGUGAUGUGAUUGGCUGAGAGUUACUUUAUUAAUUACUGUGCUGUCUGAUUCCUUUUCUGCCUCAGGGAGUUGUUGUGCUCUAUGCACUGCUGCAUUUGCAUGGACCAAAAUAGCAUGUGCAACUCAGUACCUGCACCACAGAUGCAACAUCUGGUGAUUUAUGCUUAAUGUGCAAGAAUAAAAUGACCGUUAAGUUUAAUACGAGAUCUAAAAUAAAAUGAAAAUGGCGUGAAGCAUCAUUGUUUUCAUGUUUUUGUAUUCACACGGUCAUUUCGAUAUUUUCAUGUAAACAGAAAAAUGAGAGUCCAUAGUUAGUUACUUUAAUACAACCUGGUUCAAAGUCUGCUUUACAUGAGUAAGCUGUGUCAAAGUGACUCUGACAGGUAAUACCACUUUAUCAAGUUCCAUUACAGAUUUACAGUGUUUACUCAUGCUCCAGUCACAUGUCAUCAUUCUUACCUAAUGACAGGCGUUGUUAGAUGGUUAUAAUUUGGCUGUAAUAUUUUGUGUAUUGCAGUUUGGAUGCGAGUAAAUGUCAGUUGCAUAAAUCUGACCAUGCUUUGCAGGAUGUAAUUGGUGCUCAAUAGGCCGCCUUGUUUACAGUGAAUUUAUUUAGUUCCUCAUAAUAGAUGUUGGUGUUGUUUAAUUGCAGGUGGUGGAAUGGGUAACAUGUCAAUGGACCGAAUGGGCUCCAGCUUUGACCGUAUGGGCAUGUCAGGGAUGGACAUGAACCGCGGUUUUGGUGGCUAUGGAGGAGGUGGACAGAGCCAUAUGGGCGGAGGCAUGUCAGACCGAGGCUCUGGGUCUAAAGCCGGCUGUCAGAUCUUCGUGCGAAAUGUAAGUGUGGCUCACAUUAGUGAGCACCAUUCUUUUGUUAGAUUAUAAGAAGUCUUAAACUCAUAUGCAGGACCACAGCUCAACAGAGCCUCUUCCAGCAAUCUCUCCUUUUCAUUCUUCAACCUUUCUCUCCCACCCUUUUCUCCACCCUCUGUUCCCCUGUCACUAAAGGCUGAAGGGGGCCCACCAUGCCUGGGAGAUACGGUGGCCCCAAAUAAGCUUCCCUAUAUUGAUUAUCACGAGAAUUUUAACAUCAAACUCGGAACCAACAUUUCAGUGUGAUCAAUAAAUAAAUGUUGAAUUACAUCCAGUUGACUGUUCAGUCUUUGUUAAUAAAAGCAGGAGUGUAGUUGCAGAGCCAUCUUCGAGACCUCCCUGAAUUGAUAAACAUUUCCUACUGAGGCAUCAAGGCUUCAGUAUUGAUUGAGAUUAAAUGGGAUUUAUGCUUGCUGUGCAUUAAUAUGAUAGUAGUGAUGCAUUUAAGAACUGAUACAUGAUUGGCUUAUUGGUUGUAUAAUCUGUCCUUGAUUUCUAUGAGGUAUUUAGACUACAUGUUUUAUUGAUGCACUACUCUUUUGACGCACAUCUUGGAGCAUCUUUAUUAAAUUAAAAUAUGGUAAUGUUGUCUAAUGCAUUUGCUAACGUCCAUAUAUUUGUGUUGCAGUUGUCUUACGAUCUGACAUGGCAGAAGCUGAAGGAGAAAUUCAGUCACUGCGGUACGUCUUCUGUUUACUCAUAUUUUACAGGUUAAAUGACAGUUUAUAUUUAUUACUUUUGAUUACAAACCCUGAAAGACAUCUCUGACAUUCUUCAUGAAUAUGAAACAUGUUGAGAAAAUUACAGGUAGAACAGAUACAUCAGCAGUUUGUUCAACAUUGCAGUUUCAUAAUGCGUCACUUGCUUAUUUUGUGUCUUGCAGGCCAGGUAAUGUUUGCAGAGAUCAAGAUGGAGAAUGGAAAGUCAAAGGGCUGCGGAACAGUGAGAUUUGACUCUCCAGAGAGUGCCGAGAAGGCCUGCAGGAUGAUGAAUGGAACCAAGAUCAAUGGCCGAGAGGUGGACGUCCGUAUUGAUCGCAACGCUUAGAGCUUUUGUAGAAGUCACGCUAACACACUUCCACAUUCAGCCCUCUUGCCAAUGAUCUUUUGUUUUGUUUUAAAAACACAAUUACUUCAUAUCUCCGUGUGUCCACCGUUUCAUUUUUUGUUAUAUUAACUCCAUAGCUCUUUUAUCUUUCUUUUGUAAACCCUUUUUAAUUUGUUAGGCAGUUUAUUUGAACAAAUAAACUUUUUAAUUUUUAAA